AUGGCGCAGACAGUGCAGACAGACCGCGCCCACGUCGCCCUCAUCGGCACCCUCGACACCAAGCAGGCCGAGUACGCCUUUGCCGCACAGUGGCUCGCUGCCAACGGCUGCUCGGUCACCAUCCUCGACGUCAGCACCAGGCUGCCCUUCUCCCACCUCGACGAGCUACCCGCGCUGCAGCAUGUCCAAACUGUAUCGCCGCUCGAGCUCUUCAGCGCUUCGUCCGACAAGCACGAUGGCGCUACUCCCGCGCAGCUCAAAGAGCAGGCGAGCCGGCUCGAACGGCACGACCUCCGCGCCGCCCUCGUCGAUGGCUGCCUCGCCUUUCUCCGUGCGCGCCUCAGAUCAGGCUCCAGCCCUCCAUGCGAUGCGCCCAUCGACGCGAUAGCCUCGUUCGGGGGCAGCCAGAACACGUCGUUCGCCUGCACCGUGAUGCGCAACGACGCCUUCAAGCUCGGCCUGCCCAAGUUCUGCCUCACCACCAUGGCCAGCGGCGACAUCAGCCAGUACAUUGGCGAGAGCGACAUCUGCCUCAUGCCCAGCGUCGGCGACAUCUCGGGCUCGCUCAACAAGAUCACGCGCACGGUGCUCAUGUCGGCCUCGGCAGCCAUUGCGGGCAUGGCCAACGCCUACCAUGCGAGGCACACGCAAGCUCGGGGCGCCGAUGCUGACGACCAGCGGACCGAGGACAGGCCUUUGAUCGCCGUCAGCAUGUUUGGCGUCACCACACCCUGCGUCACUGCCGCCUCCGAGGCGCUGAAGAGGCAUGGACUCGAGCCCGUCGCCUUCCAUGCCACGGGCACGGGCGGCAGGACAAUGGAGAGGCUCAUUCGCGAAAACUACUUUGCCGGCGUGCUCGACCUCACAACGACCGAGAUCUGCGACGACCUCUUCUCGGGCGUCCUAUCCGCAGGACCGGACCGGCUCGUCUCGAGCGCCAGCACGGCGGUCCCGACGGUCGUGUCGGUCGGAGCGCUGGACAUGAUCAACUUCGGCCCGCUCUCGAGCCUACCGCCUUCGCUCGAAAUCGACGCAAAGGAGGGCGCGGGGCCGCUGCACGUCAACGCGAGCGGGAGAAAGGUGUGGGAGCACAACGAGUCCGUCUCGCUGCUCCGCACGACGCCCGACGAGAACCGCAGGCUAGGCGAGAGCGUCGUCGAGCGGCUGAUGCGAGGUCUUCGCGCCGCCAAGUCCGAGGGCAGGAAGGCGAGGGAGGUCAAGAUCGUGCUGCCACUCCAUGGCGUAUCGAUGCUGGACAAGCAGGGCGAGGCGUUCGACGACCGCGAGGCGAGGCAGGCGCUGUUCGACGCCAUCGAAAGCAGCGCUGCGCGUGCGGGAGACGAGGCGGGGCUGAUCAAGAUCAUCAAGGUCGAGCGACACAUCAACGAUCCCGAGUUUGCAGAGAUGGUGGCGGAUCUCUUGGUCCGACAGCUGCAGCACGCGUCGUGA